GGGGGGCGCCGCAAGGUGAGGGCACCGCGCUGCCUUAAGACGCCACGCGCCCCCGCCGCCGCUCAGAGCUCGCUGCAAGGCGCGCCGGCCGGACGUGUGCGGGCACCGCCGCCCAGCUCCCGCCGCGUGCCGCGCCCGCCACCUGGGCUGAGCCCGCAGCAUCCGGCGCCUCGAGAAGCAACCCGGACCAGCGCGGCGAGCCCCGAGGGACAGGCACGCAGCUCCCGCGGCGCGACGCCUCUGGCAGCAACAGGCAGUGAGUGCGGUCCGUGCACCCUGUCGCCGUCCGCCAGUGCCCACUCCGUGCCUGCACCUGGUCUUGCGCCUGCCCGCUUUCGCUAUGACGUCCACCUGCACCAACAACACGCGCGAAAGCAACAGCAGCCACACGUGCAUGCCGCUCUCCAAAAUGCCCAUCAGUCUGGCUCACGGCAUCAUCCGCUCGAGCGUGCUGCUCAUCUUCCUCACCGCCUCAUUCGUCGGCAACAUAGUGCUGGCACUCGUGUUGCAGCGCAAGCCGCAGCUGCUGCAGGUGACCAACCGCUUCAUCUUUAACCUCCUCGUCACUGACCUACUGCAGAUUUCUCUUGUGGCCCCCUGGGUGGUGGCCACCUCUAUGCCUCUCUUCUGGCCUCUCAACAGCCACUUCUGUACCGCCCUGGUUAGCCUCACUCACCUGUUUGCCUUUGCCAGUGUCAACACCAUCGUUGUGGUGUCUGUGGAUCGCUACCUGUCCAUCAUCCAUCCUCUCUCCUACCCCUCUAAGAUGACCCCACGCCGGGGUUACAUGCUUCUCUAUGGCACCUGGAUUGUGGCCAUCCUGCAGAGCACACCCCCACUCUAUGGCUGGGGCCAGGCUGCCUUUGACGAGCGCAAUGCUCUCUGCUCCAUGAUCUGGGGGGCCAGCCCCAGCUACACCAUUCUCAGCGUGGUGUCCUUCAUCAUCAUUCCACUGGUUGUCAUGAUUGCCUGCUACUCCGUGGUGUUCAGUGCAGCCCGGCGGCAGCAUGCUCUGCUGUACAACAUCAGGAGCCACAGCUUAGAGGUUCGAGCCAAGGACCGUGUGGAGAAUGAGAACGAAGAGGGAGAAGAGAAGAAGGAUGAGCUCCAGGGUGAGAGUUCAUUCCACAGCCAGGAUGAAGGUGAGGUCAAAGCCAAGGAAGACAACAUGGAGGCCAAAGAGGGCAGCAUGGAAGCCAAGGAUAGCGGCAUGAAGGGCAAGGCAGGGAGAGUGGAGAUCAGCAAGGGGAGCACAGAGGCCAAGGGCAGCAAGGUCAGAAAAAGCAGCGCGGCAGCCAGUGAAGGCAGCAUGAAGGCUAAGGAAGGGGGCACAGGAAUUGAGAGCAGCAUGAAGGCAGAGAAGGGCCGCAUGGAAGUCAACCAGUGCAGCAUUGACUUGGGUGAUGAGGAUAUUGACUUUGGUGAGGAUGACAUCAAUUUCAGUGAGGAUGACAUUGAGGCAGUGAACAUCCCUGAGAGUCUCCCACCCAGUCAUCGAAACAGCAACAGCGACCCUCCUCUGCCCAGAUGCUACCAGUGCAAAGCUGCUAAAGUGAUCUUCAUCAUCAUUUUCUCCUACGUGCUAUCCCUGGGGCCCUACUGCUUUCUAGCGGUCCUGGCUGUGUGGGUGGAUGUCCAAACCAAGGUACCACAGUGGGUGAUCACCAUAAUAAUCUGGCUUUUCUUCCUGCAGUGCUGCAUCCACCCCUACAUCUAUGGCUACAUGCACAAGACCAUCAAGAAGGAAAUCCAGGAUAUGCUGAAGAAGUUCUUUUGCAAGGAAAAGCCCCCAAAAGAAGACAGCCACCCAGACCUGCCUGGAACCGAAGCCGGCACAGAGGGUGGAACUGAAGGCAAGAUCGUCCCUUCUCAUGAUUCUGCCACUUCGCCUUGAAGUUAGUUCUAAGGCAAACCUUGAACUGUCCACAAUGCAGUAAACAAGAGCAGCUUUCUUUUAAACGGACCACCCACAGUCCCAUUAAUGCUAACCCAUACCAUAUCAUUCUAGGCAAAGGUGUUGCACACAUGCUUCUCACCACAAGGCAGAUAGGUACGUGGAAGAGGUAGGAACUAGAGCUUUCCUUUAAAAGUGUGUCCCUCAAAGCACAGACUGGAGGAUUCUGACUGAAAUUUCCACCUCCCCCGACCACCACCAAAAUGUAUUAGGCUCUAACUUUCUUAAAGCAACAAGGGCUAUCCAUUUUGGACCUGUACGUGGUAUUCUGUCUCCCUGAGCUACAACAUGUCAGCUUUCCCUUUGAGAGAAAAGGAAGAUGAUGCCUGUGAACUUAAGGACUUUUAAGUACCCAGGUCAAGAGCUCAGGGGCAAAGGCCACAGCCUGUUUUCACCUGAAAGAAAAGCAAUGGACCAAAUCAUUCAUGGAGCCCAAAGAAGCAGAGCCUGACUGACUGAUGAACACAUGAGCCAAAUUCUAAAGUGAUGAGCCCCACAAUCUGGUGCAAAGACUAUUAUGGAAACUAACACAAAAGGCAUCGUGCAGUUAAAUACAGAUUUUAAGUACAGGGAUCGAGAAAAGUGGAAGAGGAUAAUAGGGCAUGUUUGAAAUGGGAAGCUAGUCCAAGGGAGACAAUAGAAAAAAUAAUACAUCUGUGGAGCUAAGCAGUUAAUGUUUUUCCAUAAAGCCCUGGGUUGGUGAAUGGGUUGGGACCAAGGUCAUUCCAUGUAAAUGGAAAAUUGUCAAUUGACAGGAAACUGUUUUUUGGUCUCCUAUCUAAAUAAUAGUGGGACAGAAACCAUGCCACUAUUUUACAAUUUUCCCUUUGUGAUUGAAUUGGGGUACAAGAAUCCUUCAAAUCUCCUCUGCCAGUCACUUGCGUGUGUGUGUGCGUGUGCGUGUUCCAAAUAGAGCUUUUUAGUCAAACAGCAUUUCCAGACAAAAGAAUUCAACUGCAAGUGGCCAAAGUCCUAUGACAACUCAGAUUGCCAAUCAAGAAUAAUGUGCCCAUUAGAAAUCUCUUUUGCACCCAUGAGAUCAUCAACAAGAAAUGUGAUCUCCACAGGAGAAACAAGUAAGGCAGGAUAAAUAUUUUCCUUCCACAGGCGCACCCAUGUGUCGUUUUCACCUGUGGCUCUCAAUAAAGCCUUUAAGCUCUCUACAGAUGUGGGAGAGAAAUAUGAGAGUCAGAAAUAACAGACAGGAUGGUUUCUCAAUAUCUGGCAAGCAUCUGACCUAUUCCAAACAAUUCUAAAAUCAAAGCCUUCAGGUCAGACAUAUCCUAAUUACUGUGAUUGAACUAUAUCACUUUGGGAAAACUUUACAAUACCUAAAUUAUUCCCAGAGUCAAUACCGAGAAAGAGUUUUCAAAUCCCAAACCCUGAAAUCAUUUUAGGUAGGGAUAAACCUGUGUGUUUCUGAGGGCACAGUCAUAUCCACACAGCCAAGUAAUAUGGAAUCAAGAACUGGUCAAGACAAUGUUUUUAAUACUCCUGAAAAUCACAUUAAAGCAGCACUAGGGCCAGUCAACUGUUCAUGCGGAAAUCCAAUGUAUAUGGGUGGAGGGACUAUUUGUUUGAAAAAUGGUUAAUCAGGUGGUUGUAUAUAAGCAUGGCCAUAUUCAAAGUUUAGCUUCAUUCUUGUAUGAUUACCAUGUCUAUAUUAGAACUCAAAUUUCAUUCACAUAAAUGCUCAGCUCAAUGAUAUUUUCUUUAUCUCUUCCUCCUCACAGAUUGUAACAUGAAAUUCUCCAGGGGGAGAGGUAAACAGCAGUGUAUUUGGGCUAUGAAUAAGUCUGCAUGGGAAUUUAGGAUGGCCAUGUUCAGAAUUUCAGAAGGGAGUGGGGAUAGACCCAAAUAAUACUGAGCUGACCUGUCAACUCAAAACACACAUGAAAAUCUUAUUGAUUGCAACCCCAUUAAUUUGAAACUUAUGAUAAUUCAGAUAAGACAUGGGGGCUGAAGCUUAUUUGCAACAUCAUUUAUUUUUCUACCAAAAUGUGUAAAGUGAAUUAAUAGUCAUAAAUUUAUUACACAAAUGUAUUGCCAAACUCUUGAAUUGACCUGUCCUCAAAGGAUGCCUAGGUGAAGAAAUGGCCUAUCUAUUUUCUUGGGGUGGGGAGGGUAUUAUCUUGAAGAUCUGUCAUGGUGGAAGGAGGUCAAAGUAGCUGUAGCCUACCUACCCUUUGGGUAGAAAUGCUUACCUGGCUAGGAAACAGGAUUUCAAACAUUAAGUAUCUCCAAGUAUUUUGUUGAAAAUGAACUUUUUGUUUUAUUUUUAAAGCUCAACCCCUUCAGAGUGUAUCAGAGAAAAUUGUUUGCCAAAAUCCCAAAUCAAAAUGGAAGCAGAACCUGUAUGAUUGUGGUAAGUUUAUUUAACAACCCACACACAUUCUCCAGUACACCAAGACUCACCAAUUCCCUCUUUAUUUAAAGUUCUUCUUUUUCCUAUUUUAGUAAUGACUCAAAUCAGAUUUUUCAAAGGUGAAAACCUUUUGAAAAUAGGAGACUGGAAAAGAGGACCUUUGAAUUAAGAGCAUUCUGCUUUGCUGACAUUUUCUUAAUGAACCGUAGGGCCUCUAGUGAGCUUGGAGAUAGCAACUGCUUCAAAUUUCGUGCUAUUUUGAAUAAAACACUACCAAUUUAAUGAGGUUUUUACUGCACAAACUGUUUUGUCAUUUGAAAAUCUAAAAGCACACAAAAAAGUCAUUAGCCUCACAGAUCCUCAUUGCAAUAGCUAUCCCUCAAUGUUUUUAAAGUAUGUACUCUUUUGCCGAGGCUACUUCAUAUGUGCAGUAAAAAUCCCAUUAGAGUACAGGGGCCAGACAACCCAGACUUUGAAAUGAGGUGAUUUCCAAUUUAAUGAUUUCCUUAUUUAAAAUAAUAGAGUAUCUAGUUUGCCAAGGAGUGGCAGGUGCUUUGACUAACACACCAAUUUCAACAAGCUUGGGAAGGCAGUAAUAAGGAGCAAGCCCGAGGCUUCCAUGACUUCUAUGAUGCCAGGGUGCAUCAUCUCUAAGGCACCAUGCACGCCAGCUGCUGGGAAGUCCUCUGCACUUCUGGGUGGCUCCCUACCUCUUGCCCUCAUGCCCACUGCCUUCUCCUGCCUCACUCCCCCUCCUCCUGCUGGGCUGACCCUUGCGCUUGAAGUUCUGUGUGCUGGCUCACCCCCACUCAUCCCCUCCAAACCCAGAGCUGACAGAGUCACAGGGACCCAGGGGCCCAUGGAAGCAGGGAAGGAGAGGACUGAAGAAUGGGAGUGACCAGCAAUGAAAGGCAUUUUUCUGUCUCCUUCCCAACUCCAAUCCAAUUUAGAGAUGAUGGGAUACCUACUUCAAAUUCAACAGGUAAGGAAAGUGCCAUUUUUAAUUUAGGAGGAGGUAGGCACCUCAUUUCUUACCAAAGCACCCAAUACCACACAUCUUUAGGGCACACUCAAUCCUUUAGAUACCAUCCAAUUAUUUCAGAAAAAAAAUCACUAAAAAAAUCUUCUACCUAUAAAAUUAUAAGGUGCCUGACAUUGCCUUAUUUUAUACAUAAUUAGCCAAUUAAGCUAGGUAAAGUUAUUUCAAAUGAUUUUUUCAUACUACCUGAAGAAUCAUUUACAAGGCUAAACUAGGCUUUCUUUAUUAGACUUUGCCAAAAUGGUCUUUAAAAUGUCUGAAAUAACACCAUUUGGAAGAGAAAAAUUAUGCAUCAUCUGGUAAUUGGAGCUCUCCAAGAGAAAACCCUCAGAGGUGGUUGGGAUAAAACAGAGAGCAACAAUUUAAAUUACUGGACUGGUUUUUUUUUCUCUCAUAACUGCCCUCCCCCACAUUUUAAGAAAAAAAAUCAAAAUAAGUGUUUUCCCCUCAAAUGUCUUCUUUGUUGCAUUCCUCUUUAAGACAGACCCCAUGUUGCCAAGAGAGGCUUCUCUAAACUGAGUCUUUUCCUUCUAGAGCAGACAAAAGAUUUCAGAAUGAUUGGCUUUAAGCCAGUCACCAAGAUAAGGAGAGAAAAUCUGGUCAGUCCUGGCUUUUAACCCUUUCCUUCCUAAUCUUUGUCUGUCUCAUUUUCUAUGGGCCGGCCAGGUGCUCUUGGCCCCCUCAAAGCCCAUCCAGGAGGAGACAGAAGCAAGGAGCUAUAAAGAGCGGACAAUAGCCGAAAACUCAGCAAGAAAAAGAAACCCUUGUCAUCAAUUCUUUCCAGUUACUUACAAUUGAUCCCUUCCUCUAUGGCAAAUGCCCAGCUUGCCUACAGCAGUCUUCUGCUAAAAGCAACAAGACUGGCUAAAGGAAGGAAAGAGGAGAGCUAAAAUCCACAGAACUUGGCCACUGAUUGCCAGGUCACUGGCAAGUUCACUAGUAAGUAGAAUAAGAAUCCUUAAGGUAAAUGAAGGUUGCCAGUAGGAGUCAAACAUUCCCAUCAUUGCCUCCCAAAGCUCUCAUAUCUCAAAGUACACACACCAAAGGGAGACUGCAGUUAACUCAUACACACACGAGAAGUUUGCUGUGUCUGAGGAUUCAGGACUGGACCUCUCUUGUUCUAAAAUAUAGACAAAAACAGGAUUGGCUUUAGUUUGGUGCUUCAAAAUUGAGUGGAUUCCACCACAACCCCACCUUGCCACUCCCCACCCCUGCUACAUCUGUGUUACAACUUUAAUGUUAAAAGUUCAGUAUUUUUGUCAGUAUCAGUGGUGUAUUUCUUUCUGUAAUAAUUCUAAAUGUAAGCUGUAACUAUAUAAAAUGUAACUGUUCUUGGAGAUAAGGUGCUAGAUAGUAGAUUGUAUGUGUUUAUAGAUAAUGUCAACCUCAAAAAUGGGUAGUACGUACAUGUAUAGUAAUAAAAUGCAUGCAGAAUUCUAUGUGUGACCCACACCUUGUUUAGUUUCUGAAGUAGAACACAGUACAUUUGUUUUUAAAUUUUUAUUUCAAAGUGUAUACUACAAGAUGUAUAAGCUGGCUCCAAGGUGGGAUGGCGGGAAGUGGUGCCUUUCAUUCCUUAAAUCCCUGGUACAAUAUAUGACAGGUGAGAAUAAUGACUUAUUCUGGUACAGUUGAUCAUUAAUGUGAACUAAUCAUUUUGGCUGAAGUCCUCACUGGCAGUUCUCCACACAUUGGGCACUGGUACGCCCGUUUUCCAUUAACUGAAUGCAUAGCAUACAAAAUCAAAAAGACAGUCCUUCCCCCCUCAAAUAGCAAAGAGCCCAAGAUACUCUCUUGGAGUCCCAUUAGCAGGGUGAAAAACAUAC